CAGUGGGAUGCCAUCCUUCCGGUUCAGCAUCCACAUGCCAGGCGUAAGCCAUCGCACGUCAGCGUUCACGCUCAGCGAACAGACGGUCUCUGACGAUGAGGACGUUUUUGGCUGUCUAUGAUCACAGUAGCGUGCUGUGUUCCAUUUUUGUGUGGAGGCAGCUACAAUUAGCCAAAUGUUGAGAUGCUUAUAUCAUGGUCCAUCGUCCCUGGCUGAAAGGGACGCAUUCGUACACUUGACAACAUUCCAAUGGCAAACCCUUGUACGACGACCUUCUGUUCUGACCAGCCUCACGAUGGCUGUAAGAAACAUCAAUUCCCUACAACAUACAUCAAAUCGGAAGUGGGCGAGACAAUGCCCGGUCCUACACAACCGACAUGUGUCGCCUCCAAGAUGGCCAUUAUCGGGUACUCUGGAAGGUAUCCCAGUGCUCAGAGCAACGAGGAGUUCUGGAGCAUAUUGGUUGACGGACGUGAUGUGGCAACGAAGGUACCCAAAGCGCGAUGGGACAUCAACACCCAUGUGGACCCAAGUGGUGAAAGAAAGAACACUAGUGCAGUGCCUUUUGGCUGCUGGCUCAAGGAUCCAGGACUCUUCGAUGCACCUUUCUUCAACAUGAGCCCGAGGGAAGCACCCUACGUGGACCCAGCCCAGCGUCUCUCGUUGACGACAGCAUAUGAAGCCCUAGAGUGCGCUGGAUUAGUACCUGGAUCCACGCCAUCGACACAACGAGAUCGAAUCGGCGUAUUCUACGGCACAGCUAGUAACGACUAUGGCGAAGCCAAUAGCUCGCAGCACAUCGAACCGUACUCCAUACCAGGUGCUUGCCGUGCUUUCAUUCCUGGGCGACAGAGCUAUUUCUUCAAGUUUAGCGGGCCUAGUUAUAGCGUCGACACCGCUUGCGCCUCGAGCUUGUCUACCAUUCACUUAGCGUGUAACGCAUUGCGGCUGAAAGACAUCGACACUGCCGUUGUUGGUGGUACGAACAUCAUCACAAACCCCGACGUCACAGUGGGACUAGACCGUGGCCAUUUCCUGUCGAGAACAGGGAAUUGUAAAACGUUCGACGAGGAUGCGGAUGGUUAUUGUCGGGGAGAAGGCGUUGUCACCUUCGUCAUCAAGCGAUAUGAAGACGCCGUGGCCGACAACGAUCCCAUCAUCGCCCUCAUCCUCGCGUCAGCUACGAAUCACUCUGCCGAAGCUGAGAGCAUGACUCGUCCACAUGUUGCCACACAAUGUGCAAAUAUUGAGAAGGUUCUCUUACGUGCGAACGUGGACCCCGAUAGUGUAAGAUAUGUCGAGAUGCAUGGGACAGGCACCCAGAUUGGGGAUGCGCGAGAGAUGGAGACAGUGCUCACAACAUUUGCACGCGGAACUCGCGAAAUACCCCGUGCUGACCCAUUAUAUCUCGGGUCCGCGAAAGCCAAUAUCGGUCACGGCGAAUCAGUCUCUGGAAGCAUCGCUCUGGCCAAGGUUCUGAUGAUGUUGGAGAAGGAAACCAUAGUUCCACACAUUGGAAUCAAGACGAAGAUGAACCGCAAGAUCCCUGGUGAUCUAGAGCAACGAAACGUCCAUAUUCCCAAAUCAUCAGUCGCAUGGCCACAGUCGAUAGAAAACCCACGCCGCGCUGUCGUCAACAACUUCUCCGCCGCUGGAGGUAAUAGCACAAUCUUGAUCGAGGAUGCGCCCCCGAGGAAUCCAUCCACACAGCGAGACCCUCGCACGUCGUUCGUUGUCGCCGUGUCCGCCAAGUCAAGUACCGGUCUGGCUGCCAACAUCAGAUCGCUGGUCGAGUACAUGAAGAAGGAGAACCCAGAUCUGGCUAGUCUCUCAUACACAAGUACCGCCCGUCGCAUGCAUCAUUCUUUCCGCGUUGCUGUGUGUGGCUCCUCCAUCUCAGACGUCUGCGAGCAGUUAGAGCGCAGACUGAUACCUGAUGGAGUCACCAAAUCUAUCGAUGCCGUGAAGAGCGCACCGGAUAUCGCUUUUGCAUUCACUGGACAGGGCAGUCAAUAUUUCGGGAUGGGUCGUGAUCUGCUCAACUUCCAGUCCUUCGCACAGGACAUGCACAGGCUCGACACGCUCUGCCAGAAGCUCGGAUUUCCUGCCGUACUGCCCUUCAUACAAGCUGACAGCAACGCCAUGUUCGAGCCCUCGCCGGUCGUGGUGCAGCUUGCAUUGACUUGCUUGCAGAUUGCCAUGGCUCGGCUUUGGCAAUCUUGGGGAGUGCAACCUACUGCAGUAGUUGGUCACAGUCUAGGCGAGUACGCCGCGUUGUGUGUUGCUGGCGUCUUGUCGGAGUCAGAUGUCGUCUGGCUUGUGGGGAAAAGGGCACUACUUCUUCAAGACAAGUGUACACCGAACACGCACUCGAUGAUCGCUGUCGAUGCAGCGUGGGAAAACAUCUCCAUGUUGGACCUUGAUGCCUUCCGAGUCGAGAUCGCCUGCAAAAACAGCCCGAAUCAGAUUGUCUUAAGCGGCGCAAACGCGGAUGUCGCCACGGUUCAAGACAUCCUAUCAGAGGCUCAUAUUAGUUGUACCAGGCUGGACGUUCCACUGGCUUUCCAUUCGGCUCAAGUAGCGCCCAUCCUGGACGAACUCAUGGUUAUCGCAGGGAGUGUCGAAUACAAAGCCCCGCGUAUACCAGUCUUGAGUCCGCUCCUGGGUGAGGUCGUGGUCGAAGCAGGUGUAUUCGGUCCAGCGUAUCUCGCGCGGCACUGUCGCGAAACAGUGAACUUUACUGGAGCCAUUCGUGCCAAUCACACUCUUACCGAUAGCACAGCCUGGGUCGAGAUUGGGCCACACCCUGUACUAUCCGGCUUUCUGCACUCUACACUGGCUUCGGCUGUUACUGUUGCUGCGUUACAUCGACAUGAAGACGCCUGGUCUUCCACGGGCAAGGCCUUGGCUACUCUGUACACAUCCGGGGUUGACGUGCAGUGGGCCGCAUACCAGUCUGACUUCAUCGGACAUGCUUCCGUUCUGCGUCUACCGUCUUACAGCUGGGACCUGAAGGAGUACUGGAUUCCGUAUGAGAACGACUGGCGUCUGCACAAAGGCGGACUGUGUGUCACUCCAAACGCAGCAGCCCCAUCUUCCACUCCUGAAAAACUUCCCAACAACGCGCCCAGAGAUGAAGGUAAGAGCAAAAAGCGUCCGCGGCCCACGCAAGCCCAUCAACACCACGUCAAGAAACAACGCAUGAGCCUCCCAUCAACGAGCGCGAGUCCAAACCCGACGCGCAUCACAAUCCAGCUAGACAUGAAGACAAUGAAGCUAGAAGUCGACAUCGACACAGGAAGAGCAGCACUCAAGCCCCGCCGUCCACGCCGCACGCCAGACCGCAAAGCACUUUCCCCCGCAACCCCUCAGCCAGAACCCACUCUCCACAACAGCACUUCACGCGACAGGUCCUGGUCGCACGCCCUGAACAUCAUGUCCGAAGCCAGCGGCGUGCCGACGUGCGCUCUCACCGACGCCGUCGUCCUGGCGGACGUUGGCUUCGACUCCCUGCUCGCGAUGACGUGCUCGGAGCGGUUUCGGAAGGAGUGCGGCGUCGAAUGCCCAACUAGCGUGUUUUUCGAGUAUCCGACGGUCGGGGGGUUGAAGGCUUUCUGGGUGGAGGGGAGGGCCGAGAAGUAUGCUGACUGUCCGAAUGACUCGGAUUCAACGGCCGUUGUGUCGGAUCGGGAUGGGUAUUUUUCGGACCGUGGAUCGGAGUCGUCGGGGCUGAGUUCGUCGGACUUUCAUUCGGAUUGCGAUUAGGUGUCGCUUUCGGUUAGUGAUGGAUUUGUGGUCGAUAUCGUGGGGGGAGCGGAAAGGAGUGUUGAAGUUCGUUUUCGAUAUGAGUGAUGGGGAUGAGGAAAAGGUCGGGGUUGAGGGGAUGUAUUUCGUAUUAUGUGGUUUGUAUCAUAGGUUGAGAUUUCCAAGUUCGUAUAUAAAUCAAAUUGUUCUGGAGUGGUUAACUAGUCACUCAUAUUCGCAUCCUG